UGCAUGGAAAAAUUAAUAAGUUGACAGAUAAAAUUUCGAUUGAGGUUGUGACUGUCUUGGAUUAACAUUCCCUAGUUUUGGCAAAAAUGGCAUCACGACUCCUAAAAUUGUCGUCCAACUUUCGAGUAUUGUCUCAGCGUUUCAAGAGCGGUGCAUCGCAUAGCGGUGACUAUUUAUCUGCUUUGUCUACUGUUGGUGAACCAACUGAGCUAACCCUUACCGACAACAAUGUUAGAGUUGCCUGUCAAACAACCAAUAGUGAAACAACAACAGUUGGUAUUUGGAUAAAUGCUGGCGCUCGUUAUGAAGAGGCUACAAACAAUGGAGCGGCCAAUUUAAUUCAACGAUUGACAUUCAAAGGCACAUCCAAACGAGCCAAAGCCAAUUUGGAAUCAGAAGUGGCCAAUUUAGGAGCCCGUUUAUAUUCAUUCACCAAUCGUGAACAAACCGCAUUUUAUGCAACCUGCCUCAAUAAAGAUGUACCAAAAGUAGUUGAACUCCUAUCGGAUGCUGUACAAAAUCCAAAAUUGGACGAAGCCGAUGUUGCAAAUGAAAUUAAAAGCGUUUUACGUGAGACAGGCGAAAUUGAAGCCAAUAUUGAAGAUGUUGUAUUUGAUUAUCUACACGCCACGGCAUAUCAAGGCACUCCAUUGGCACAAACAAUCAUUGGUAGCCAAGAAAGUCUAUCAUCAUUGAAAUCAAAAGAUUUGCAAUAUUAUGUCGAUUCACAUUACAAGGCAUCACGCACGGUAUUGGCCGCAUCAGGUGGAGUUAAACAAAGUGAACUACUCAAAUUGGCCGAAAAGAAUCUGGGAAAACUCGAUGAUACAUUUGAUGGUGAACCACCGGUUUUGUCAAGAUGCCGUUACACUGGAUCGGAAGUUCGUCUCCGUGAUGAUUCACUUCCAUAUGCUUACUUCGCAUUGGCCGUUGAAGGACCAGGAUGGAGUAGCCCAGAUCGUAUUCCUUUGCUUAUUGCUUCUACUGCAAUUGGCGCAUUUGAUCGGUCUCAAGGAAACUUCGAAGAUGCAUACGAACUUUGUCACAACUACAAAGCCUUCAAUACUACAUACAGCGACACAGGAUUGUUUGGCGUUUAUAUAGUAUGCGAACCAAUGCAAUGUGAUGAAAUUUCAAGAAGUGCUUUGAAAACAUGGCACCGGAUCGCAAACUCCAUUACUGAUGCCGAGCUUGAUCAAGCCAAAAACCGUUUGAUCACACAAUUGUUGAGCCAACAAAACAGUUCAAAAGCAAAUUGCGAAGAUAUUGGACGAUCAAUUUUAGCGGUUGGACAUCGAACCCCAUUGAGUGAAGUGGUUGCUUCCAUUCAAAAUGUUUCAAAUCAAACGGUGCGUGAUAUCACCGACAAAUACGUAAGCAACAAAUGUCCAGUCGUUUCAGCCGUUGGUCCAGUUGAACAGCUUAUGGAUUAUGUUAACCUCCGUGCAAGAAUGUAUUUGAGUCGUCUUUAAGUUGUAAAAUAUUUAUAACUUAAAUGAAUCUAAUAUUUUCAUUAUCGCCAUCAAAAAAUAAACCACAUUUAUUGAUGGAUUAAAAAUGAAAAUAUGAAUCAAUUUAACUAAUAAACUAUAUUUACCGCCAAAAAAUGCGUUCAUG